CGGACGGGCUGUGCAGGACAAUGUUGUUCCAAAUUAAAGCAAAAAGUGCCUUAUGUUCAGCACCGAAAGAUCACUGAACGAGCCCGAGGGGUCCCGUCCGGGUGAAAUGAGACGCGAAACCGGUCUGGUGCCCGGUGAGGCGAGAGGGUGCUCGGAUUAAUUGCUACUUAUGCUGUUUCUCCGCGCCCUGACUUGAGCUCUGCGGCAGGUUAUAGGAGCUGAACCGGGCCGGGUCGCCCCUAUGGCUCGGCACCAUGGAUGCUUUCAGUUUCCCCUUAAGCAGCAGCGAUGAAGCUGCUGAGUCCUCCAGCCUGCCGGGGACACAUAUCCCCGGGCAAGGCCCUUUGGCGGCGGCGGCGGCGGCGACGACCCCGUCCGGAGCCGGAUGCUGGACGGCCGUGUUUGAUUAUGAUGCCACCGCAAAGGGGGACCGGGUAGAGGUGUUGUCCAAGGACUCGCUAGUGUCCGGGGAUGAGGGCUGGUGGACAGGUAUGAUCGAGGACCGAGUCGGUAUUUUCUCCAGUAACUACGUGUGCAGCGAUAACGGCAUCACGGAGAAGAUCCGGGACACGCCAGUGGAAUACGCUGAUCAUUCGGUGCCUCAGUUACACUUGCUGCAGAUAGACUUCAGUGAGUUGGUCCUGGAAGAAAUUAUUGGAGUUGGAGGUUUUGGUAAGGUGUACCGUGCCAUUUGGAAAGGCAGGGAGGUGGCGGUGAAGGCCGCUCAUGGGGACCCUGACGAGGAUGUGUCUCAGACACUGGAGAGCGUCCGUAAGGAGGCCAAGCUCUUCGCCAUGCUGAGACACCCCAACAUUAUGGGCCUUCUGGGCGUGUGCUUGCUGGAGCCCAACCUCUGUCUGGUCAUGGAGUAUGCCCGCGGUGGACCGCUCAAUCGGGCACUAGCUGGGAAACGCAUCCCUCCGCACACGCUGGUUGACUGGGCUGUACAGAUUGCACGUGCCAUGCUCUAUCUUCACUGCCAGGCUGUUGUACCUGUCAUCCACAGAGACCUGAAAUCAAGUAACAUUCUGAUUCUGGAACGCGUGGAGAACGAUGAUCUGAGAAACAAGACGUUGAAGGUGACAGAUUUCGGUUUGGCUCGAGAGUGGCACCGGACCACAAAGAUGAGCACAGCGGGGACUUAUGCCUGGAUGGCUCCUGAGGUCAUCCGCUCCUCAACCUUUUCCAAGAGCAGUGACGUCUGGAGUUAUGGGGUUUUGUUGUGGGAGUUGCUGACAGGAGAGGUGCCAUUUCGUGGCAUUAAUAGUCUGGCAGUAGCUUACGGUGUGGCCAUGAAUAAACUGUCUCUGCCGAUCCCCUCCACCUGCCCCGAACCAUUUGCCAGACUUAUGGAAGACUGUUGGAAUGUAGACCCUCAUGCACGCCCCCCCUUCACUAGUAUUCUAGACCAGCUGACAGCUAUCGAGGAGUCUGGCUUCUUUGAGAUGCCGGCAGAAUCCUUCCAAUCCCUACAGGAUGACUGGAAACUGGAGGUGCAAGAGAUGUUCGACCAGCUCAGAGCCAAAGAGAAGGAGUUAAGAUCCUGGGAGGAGGAACUGAGUCAUGCGGCUCUACAGCAGAAGUACCAGGAAGAGGCUUUACAACGGCGUGAGCAGGAACUGGCAGAGAGAGAGAUUCACAUUUUGGAACGAGAGCUCAAUUUCAUAAUUCACCAGCUGUACCAGGAGAAACCACGAGUGCAACACCGGCACGGAAAGUUCCAACGUAGUCGACUUAAACUACGCGAUGGGAACCGUAUCAGUCUGCCUUCAGAUUUCCAGCAUAAGAUCACAGUACAAGCGUCACCAUUUUUGGAUAGAAGGCGGAGCCUUCUGGGCAGUAACUCCACGCCCCCAAACAGCCCUCCUGUUUUGCCACGUCUCCGCGCAAUCCAGUUGACCCCUGGAGCAGAAGGUCCAGCCUGGGAUCGUAACACUAUGUUCCAGUGUGAUGAAGAGGAGAAGAGGAAGACUUUACGGAAAAAAGGGAGAACGCACCGAGAACACAGCGCUGAUGAGAGUUUGAAGACUCCUAAAGAGGGCAAUCGGCAGCGGUCCUGCAGUGCUCCAAACCUGCGGCGCUCCCCCAGACACAGUCCUGCAAUACCAGGAGUGUCCAGCCUGGCUGAGACAGAAAAUGAGGACUGCUGCUUUCUAUCGGAGUCAGCUGACUCUCCGGGCCAAUCAUACCUCUGCAUACCGUUCCAUAGGGACGCACCUGCUGCAGACAGCUACAGCACAGAGAGCAGCACGACUGGCAUGGCUUCUGAGGUGUUCCCCAGUUUUACGCGACGGAGCCUGAGCGGAAAUCGUAGAUCAGAACUAGUGUUGUUAGGCUGUGGAGUGGCACUUGCUGCAAUUGGUUUAGGUCAUAACCUGCUGGACCUAGUGCGUAUGGAGGAGAGUGUACGUCCACGAUGGGAAGGUCUGUUUCACUGUACCGGCGGUCAAAGUCGUGGCACCAGCCCACCCACACGCAAACUCUUUAAACGGGAAAGCCCUCAACGGCCUCCCCAUCUACCCUCUUCUUUUACACUCCUUUCUCUCUCUUCUGUUUCUGACUGUAACUCAACCCGUUCUCUCCUCCGCUCCGACAGCAAAGAGUUACUUGUACUACGCCCACCUACACCUCCUGGACAGACCCUCCCUCCUAUUAACCCACUGGUCAACACCCACUUGGAGAGUUUUAAACGACACCCUCGCCAGUCUCUCACACCUACACAUGUGCCCUCUGCACCCUCUGUAACCCGCAGGCUUCAUCGUACACCUUCAGAUGGUGCAAUAAAAAAGGGCAGCCCACCUGCCUGUACCAUGCCCUCAAAAACAACACAGGAGCACACAGUGCAAUAUAACUGUGCAGUUCCAUGGAGCUUAAGUGAGGACCCCUGGGAGGUGCCCCGGCUGCCUGACCCAAACCUAAUUUUCCCACCUACACCACGUCGUCGCAUCCAACCUGAGCGCCCCAAGACUCUCGAAUUCCUGGCUAGGCCUCGCCCUUGUCCACGAGCUCGCUGUGCAUCCCAGUGGGGUGAAUCUCCUGCCCACACCUCCAGCACCGAAACCCCGUCCACUGUGGAGUUUGGAGAAGGUGUGGCCAUCUUGGCCACUCCAAUGGAAUCAACCCCCUGAUCCCCUUGGGUGAAUGACGGACUUUUGGACCAGCAGGAGGAAGGACAAUGUAGGGAUGGGACCCGGCCUCUCUCAUCAGACCUCAAUUUAACCCGAGACUCACCUCACAGAGUGCAAUCAGGGUUUUUAUCUUGACUCCACUCUGAUAGUCAUUCUUCAAAACCAAACUUCACACACAGUGACGGAUAUUAAAGGGAUAGUUCACGCUAUCAAUUUUAAAAAUUAAAAUUCUGUCAUCAUUUACUAACCCUAAUAUUGUUCGAUAUGACUGCACUACUCAACAUGCUACUCAACAUCUUUUGUGGGCCGCAUUAUAAUUUCCAUUUUCAAGAGUAUUUACAGUAGUUCUCUGUAUUGCUGAAUCACAGCACAGUUAGAAAGGGAAAUUAACUGCAAAAGGAUGUAACGACAUAGAGAAAGAAUAAUAAACAACAAUAAUAAACAACAAAGAAUAUCCAAGCAAAGCUGAUGUUGCCUGAGAGUGGUGGACAGUCUGCACCCAUGUUCAUAUGUGUGCACAUGUGCAGUCUUUCAAUCAAACGUGCACUCUCAAUCUCACUCGAGAAUCACUCAUCAGCACGAACCUGUGUCAAACAUGUUUCACUAUAGCUCAACUUAUAUGCUCCUCAUAGUAACAGUCAUAACAGGAAAAUAAAAGUUUAUCCUAUAAUAUGCCUUCAUGCAAAUGCUUAUUAAUGAUCUGAGUUACUUCACCGCAUAACACUACAGAGGAACAAAGAAAGUUAUAUGUAUUUUUGGGUGAAUGAUCCCUUUAAUGUUUCUCAAAAAUUCAGACCCACAUGGUUUCAGAUGUAGCACUUAGACCGUCGGUACAGUCAGGGAUAGGAUCUAAAUUACAUCCACUGUUGAAUAGAAAGGUAUAAGCUGACUCCCUUUACGAGAGUUCUCAUUAUACAAAUAUAACGACAUUAGGAUGGUUUAACAGAUUUGAUACCUUGAUAUGGGUAAAUUAUGCUUGGUUUUGUGCUUUACUGGUAUUUUCAUCAGUGAAACCAUGUCCAUUUUAGAAAAGGUUUUCAAUAAUGGCUCUUAAUAAACAUUUAAACUCCUGGGGUCUGAACGGAUAGUAGUGCAGUUUUGAUAAGCUCUUCUUCAUUAAACAUUGCAGUCCAGGUGUAAUAAGCUAUUGUUCAAAACAAGCUAGAUGCUUAUUAAUGGGCGGACUGAUGUCCUUUAGAAAAGUACAGGGUCUGGAGCUUUCAUUUUGAAAGGCAUUUAUCAGGACACUUUUUUUAUUCGCAAACUUGUUUUUUUAUUCACAUUGAGUGCCCUUUUGCGCUGUAUUCAAUUCCGAUCAGUAUGUAUGUACACAUGUCUGCAUGUUUAUGGUAGAAUUAGGACCUCCCUGAACACUGUGCUAGCUGAGAAAUGUUUGACAGUUUUCAGAAUUUAUUUGUCAUACACGGAUGAGAUUGUACACCUUUAGAAGUGCUUUUUUCUGGUCUCAUGAAUGUAUAUUUUUGUGUGUGUGUGUGUGUGUGUGAGAGAGAGAGAGAGAGACAGAUGUCCAUGCAUCAUGCAUACAUGUGUUUCCAUCUAAUUGAAGGAUUCCAUGCUGUUUGUCUAUUGAAUUUGUUUUGAGAUUUUUUAGAUGCAUUUAAUUUUUUGGCAAUUUUAUAAGGUGCAUAUCUUUUGUGCAAUAUUUGUUAUACAUUUUCAUGUGCACAUCGAUACUCAUUUUUGAAUGUAUUUAUUUGUUUUUUAUAUUGCACUUUGCUUUUUUAUGCUUUUGUGAUGAAACUGAUGAGGAGAAAUGUUUCUGUCUGACUUUCUGAACAUGCUCAGACACGCAGAUGUGAACAUUCUUUUGCAUGAUCAUUCGUCUGCUGUGUCUCUCAACCCUUAAUCAUUCAUCUCUGUACUUUCAAAAGUUCCUUUAGAGAGAAAACAACAUUUGGAGCCAAAACACAGAGCUUUUGUUUGUCUUCCCCUUUCUGUCACUUAAAACCUGCUUAAACACAACAUUUCAAAGUAAUUUCUCAUGUGGUCACAUAAACAAAUGCCUGAAAUACAGAGUACUUCAGAGUCAAUUCUGACAGUUGAAUUGCAUUGGAUCGCUUGCAUCAUUGGACAGUGGAUCGCUUGCAUCAUUCCAUCUGAAUGUGAUAUAUUUUUAUUUUUCAGGCUUGAAGGAAUGUGUAGCCAAAAAUGAAGAGCAUCUGCUGUCAUUUAUAAGCACAAUUACUGCUGUCCUGGAGAUCUGGGCAAGUGUUUUGGGUUCUGAAACUGCUGCUAUGAAACUUGUAUUGCACCCAAGCAAAUUAGACUCACGAAAGAGCUCAAUUAAAGCCCUGAAAUGAUGAAGUGUGGUGUUUUGUGAUUGAUGUCUUAGUACUGGAAAUUAUGCGCAAGUAUUAUUAAUGUCUUGAGAUGAGAUGGAGUCUGAUGAAGAGCAUGUAACGAAACAUGACGAAACGUCAACACGGUGUGCCAA